CUGGAGACGGGCGCGUUGGGCGGCGGCGGCGGCGGCGCGCUGGGCGCGCUGCGAACUGCCGGCUCGCCGCCCGCGCCCAGCCUCGGCGCCAGCCGGCACAGCCUCAUUGAAAUGAUGACGUGCCGACUGGGCUCGCGGCGGCUGGGCGGCUCCCGCGGCUCGCUGCAGACCGGGCCGGGCUGCACGGCUGCCAGCGAGCUGGACCUCUCCACGCGCUCCAGACGUGCACACAAAGCCAGAUUAAAAUUGCUGGGCGCAAGCGAAGCGCCUCUACUGAGCGGUUGGCGCAGCACGCCGCACACGCCGCAUGCGCCUGCGACGCCAGCGCCGCACCACUCGCACAACCACCUCGCACCACCCCACUGCAACGGCACUGAUAGUAGCAGCAGAGGACUCCGGCGGAGGUCAACGUAUGCUAGCGGUCGCCUGCGGUCGGGGCCACAUUGGUCCUUCGUAUUCGACCCUGCGGGACGGCUGUGCUACUAUUGGUCUAUGGUCGUCUCCUUAGCCUUCCUCUACAACCUUUGGGUUAUCGUUUAUAGGUUCGCCUUUCAAGAAAUUAAUGGCGAGACUUUAAUAGUCUGGUUCUGCCUCGAUUACUUUUCGGAUUUCCUCUACUUGGCGGACAUUCUGUUCCACUUUCGUACCGGGUACCUCGAGGACGGCGUCCUGCAAACCGACGCGGCGAAACUAAGAGCGCACUACAUGAACUCCACGAGAUUCUACAUAGACUGCCUUUGUCUACUACCACUGGACUUCCUCUACCUCUCCAUAGGAUUCAACUCGAUACUGCGCUCGUUUCGCCUUGUCAAAAUCUACCGCUUCUGGGCUUUUAUGGACCGCACGGAGCGACACACGAACUAUCCAAACUUGUUUAGAUCAACCAGUUUAAUUCAUUAUUUACUAGUGAUAUUUCAUUGGAAUGGGUGCUUGUACCAUAUAAUUUAUAAAAACAAUGGGUUCGGUAGUAAAAACUGGGUGUAUCAUGACACUGAGACGGCGGACGUAGUGAAACAGUAUCUACAAAGUUAUUAUUGGUGCACGUUGGCGCUCACGACGAUAGGUGACCUGCCGCGGCCGCGCAGUAAAGGAGAGUACGUGUUUGUGAUCGCGCAGCUUCUGUUUGGCCUGCUGUUGUUCGCCACGGUGCUGGGCCAUGUCGCUAACAUCGUCACCUCGGUCAGCACGGCCAGGAAGGAGUUCCAGGCCAAGCUGGAUGGAGUAAAAACGUACAUGCGUAUGCGCCGGGUGCCCACACACCUUCAGGUCAAGGUGAUCAAAUGGUUCGAUUACCUGUGGCUCACUCAGAAGUGCUCUGAUGAAGAGAAAGCCGUCUCCUGCCUCCCUGAUAAACUGAAGGCGGAGAUAGCUAUCAAUGUUCAUCUGGAUACUCUGAAAAGGGUGGAAAUCUUUCAAAAUACCGAGGCGGGAUUUCUGUGUGAGCUGGUGUUGCGACUGCGGCCAGUAUUAUUUUCACCUGGUGAUUACAUUUGUAGAAAAGGUGAAGUCGGGAAGGAGAUGUACAUAGUAAAUCGAGGGAAACUACAGGUGGUGGGCGACAACGGGAAGACGGUGUUAGCAACACUCAAGGCGGGUUCUUAUUUUGGAGAAAUUUCCAUUCUGAACAUGGGCACGGCAGGAAACCGGCGGACAGCAUCGGUGCGGUCCGUCGGCUACUCGGAUCUGUUCGUGCUGAGCAAGAAGGACAUGUGGGACGUGCUGAAGGAGUACCCCGCGGCCCGGGUCCGCCUGGAGGCCAUCGCCGUCAAGAGACUUGAGAAAUAUAAGAAAGCGCCACUUGAAAAAGUGGCAAUGGGACGCUGCCAAUCGACGCCCGGGCUCGUGGAGACGAGUGGGCGCGUUCCUAUAGAGGAGAUGCAGCUCCCGCCAGCGCCCAUGCAGCAGAUGCACCCCUCACACCCGCCUUCCUACCGGGACCAGCUUUAUAGUUCGUCAGUAAGCCCUCUUCGUGUAGCAUCUCCAGUAGCGUCUCUCGCGUCGAGCGUCCGGAGCAGCGCAGCCGGCGGCGGAAGCAUAGCCGCAGUGAGCAUGAGCAUGGCGCCGCGAGUAAUGCUCGACUCACAUGACGCGUUAGAGUGCGAGAUCAAAAGACUGCGCGAGCGCUUGUACACGGUCGAGACGGAGAACGCCGCCAUGUCCGCCAAGUUGAGCCAGCAGCAGUGGGAAGUAGAUCAGAGGCUACAAGAGAUCGAGAUGCAGAUCUGCGGUGGCAGUUCGCUAAGUUCGCAGGAGGAGAAUGAACGGAAUCGCGAGAGCAUCAUUUAA